GACUAAUUAAAAUUUUUCGUAUUCACAUCGUCAUCUGUUGAAGGUUAAUCCAUUUGUACUAUACUCUGAUCCCUUUUUUUAAUGAAAUGUGAUGAAAUCAGGAGAAUAACAUUCAAACAUGCUUUGCAAUUAUCUGCUAUCAGCGUUGAUUGCCAUUGCCACUUUGUUGGAAAAGGGACAGGCUGAAAUUUAUGCAAUCAAAUUCGAAUCUCAAUUUUAUUUUCAAGAGUUUAAUGAUGCAGCUGCACAGUUUGGACCAAAGUUGUCAGAUGGAGCCAUCCGAGGGAUACUGUGGACCCCAUCGCCACCUAGCGGUUGCAACAGGUCCUUGGCGCCUCCGCCAGACAUAGACAACGAGAUCGGCAAGUGGGUGCUGCUCGUUCCGCGCUACAACGACCACCUCAACUGCUCCUUCGAACUGAAGGUCCGCAUAGCUCAGAAAGCCGGCUUCGACGCCGUGAUCGUCCACAAUGUGGGCAGCGACGAGCUGAUCCCGAUGGCGGCCAGCAACCGAACGGGCAUCUACAUCCCCGCGGUGUUCGUGGGCGAGACGUCGGGGGCGGCCUUGCGGGGAUACGCCAACCCCAACUACUACAUCGUCAUCACCGGCGAUUCGCCGUUCAACAUCCAGACGCACCUGUUGAUCCCCUUCGCCAUCGUCGUGGGGAUCUGUUUCGUCGUGAUGAUCGUCUUUAUGGGUUGGAAAUUCAUAAAAGACAGAAGAAGACAAAGGCGACACAGACUGCCUACUUCGACAUUGAAUAAAAUUCCGACAAGAAAAUUUCAGAAAGGGGAUCCAUUCGAGACUUGUGCUAUUUGCCUCGAUGACUAUAUUGAAGGAGAAAAAAUCAGGAUAUUACCCUGUAAUCAUGUGUACCACUCGAAGUGCAUCGACCCGUGGCUGACGAAGAACAGACGCGUCUGUCCGAUCUGCAAGCGCAAAGUGUUUGCUCACGACGAACCGCACCACGAUUCCGACAGCGAUUCGGAUGCGGAUGAUUCCACCCCGCUGAUCAACAGCUCCGAUCGUGGCACGCAGGGGGGCACCUUCCAGGAACAGGCCGAGAAUCCGAUCCAGCGGGCUGCGAGGUCGAUUUCUCAACAGUCGGGCGCCGCUAAUUUCGUGACGGCCUCCGACCAUCACAGCAUCAAUGCCGAGUACCAGAUAUUUCCAUUUGUCCACCAGAGUCUGUCGAGCGGUUCAGAAACGGAAGACGGUUUAUCUGAGCCCAGCCUUUGCGACAAUUUGGAGGUUAACAUUCACCAUUCAGACACGAGCAGCGGCAAUGGCAGCACUGGUGACGUCGCCAUCAACGUACGUGUCUAAUCAUUGAAAUGAAUAUAUCAAUCAAAAUAUUUUUUGUGAUUUCUAGUCGGGUACAAUAUGUGAGUUAUAGUGAUACGAUAUUCUAGGGAAUCUUAGCUGUGAAAAAACUUGAUUUGGGUGGUUUUGACUAGAGUUUCCAAAUCUUUAAGUAGCACUUCUCAAUCGGACUGAUAUAAUCAUUGAUUGAGAUUUUUUUCAAGGGUUAUGGUCUAAAAAAUGAUGCUUAGUUCAAUAAAUAUGUAAAUAACAUCUCACUGUAACCUCGUAGAUUACAAUCAUUUCUUGGAUAUUUUUCAUGGCUGAGACUAGAUUCAUUUUGGGUGCUAUCUUUUGAUUAAGACACAUUUCUGACAAUGUUUAAACUAAUGUUUAGGUUUAUUUUCAGGAUAGGAUAUAAAUAAAACAUCACGGAAUAUUCGAUUCCUCUUGAAUUUUUUUUCAGGAGACGUUUUCAUGGUAUGUUUUUCUUCUCACAUGAAUCUGAUUUUGACAGUACACUGAUUCUUUUUUUGACGAGUUUAUUGGUAUUCUGUAGGGAUUUUCGAAAUUACUUUGUGGAAAAUUCAUCAUUUUCAAGAAUCAUUCCACGAAUUGGUAAGAAUUUGAGGUCAUCUUUUUCGUUGAUUUCUUUUUGAUCAACGUCGAAGUGAUGGCUUGUUGACACUGAAAAAUUUCAAUAACUUUUUUUCAAAAAAGCUGCUGAUCCUACAGAUUACAAUAUAAUUGAUUGUUUAAUGGAUAUAAAUAUUAUUAAUACGCUACUGUUUAUAAUAAUCCUAGUACUUUAAUGUAGGUAUAUCAUUUUGGACAAAAUGUAUCAUAAUUUGAAAUUUAAUUUCUGUACAAUAAACUUGUG